ACUUUGCAUAAAGUCUGUGGCGUUGUGACAAAAAAUUUAAAAUCGUUAAAAUUAUAUUCAAUUGAUCCUAGAAGCUCAUAUAUAAUUCAAUAGUUUAUGUUAAGUUUAAUUGUGAUUCAGGUUUUAUUGAGUUGUAGCGUAGUGGAUACUAAGAGCAAAAGUGGAGUUAGGAUAAAAUAAUAUAUAUAUCCAAAGCACGCAAAGCUCGCUUUCGCAGUCAGCUUUAAAUAUUUAAGAUAUAUUUUCAGAAUAAAUAUUAAAUAAUGUGUGCCAAAAGAGAGGAUAACUCUUUGCGGUACAGGAGGGCUCAGAGUGUAACCACCGCUGAAGAUAUUACAGAGAAAGAAAAUAAGGCUAGAAGAUUACAGUAUGAUAAGCCCUGUCACAGACCCAGGGACUCUCUUUUCUCAUGGAGUUCAGAGUUCACAAAUUUUACGGGUUUAGUAAAUUGGGGUUUUCUCAUGCUAACUAUCAGUGGAUUGCGCUUAUGUCUUGAAAACUUUCUUAAGUAUGGAAUUCGUGUCAAUCCUUUUGAGUGGAUUAUUGUACUAACGGGCUAUAAUGAUGAAAAUUAUAAACAUGAGUAUCCUUCAAUAAUAUUGCUAUGUUUUAGUGGAGUACCUCCUGUUGUAUGCUUCUUGAUUGAAAAAGCUAUUGCUGCGGAAUUCUUCUCGGAUAAGUUAGGUGAAACAUUACAAAUAAUAACAAUACUUCUAGAGAUUAGUUUACCAGUGAUUGCGCUUCAUUUCACAAAUCAGGAAUUUAAUAUUGUUGGCAUAUCAACAGCCUGCAUGGUGUACUUAAUAUUGUUUUUGAAGUUGUGGAGUUAUUGUCAAACAAAUCAUUGGUGCCGAGCUGCAAAAUCUAAACAAUCAAAUUCACUUCGUCGCCAAAGUUUAUCCGUACCGAAUUGCAAUGCCCUUGUGAACGACGAAGAUGUAGACGACGAGGUAGUUACAGGCAUCGUACAGUAUCCUGAUAACUUGAAGCUUGGUGAUUUGUUUUACUUCCUGCUCGCACCUACCCUUUGCUAUGAAUUGAAUUUCCCUCGUACUAAUAGAAUUAGGAAGAGGUUCCUAAUCAAAAGAAUAGUCGAAGUAAUAUUCGGUAUGAACCUUGUGAUGGCACUAUUUCAACAGUGGAUGAUACCGGCGGUGACGAACGCCCUAGAUCCCUUCUCGCAAAUGGAUUAUGUAAGAAUUACAGAGAGAUUGUUGAAACUUGCCAUACCUAACCAUUUACUAUGGCUGUGCUUCUUUUACCUCACAUUCCACUCGUUCCUAAACCUAAUGGGCGAGUUAUUACACUUCGCGGACCGUAACUUCUACGGGGAUUGGUGGAACGCGCGUAAUAUUUCCGUAUUUUGGAGUUCGUGGAAUAUGCCCGUGCACGUUUGGGCCGUACGACACGUAUACGUGCCCGUUACUAAUAUGGGCUACAGUAAAGGCGUGUCGGCUAUUAUGGUCUUCUUUAUAUCGGCGUUCUUUCAUGAAUAUUUGGUGAGUGUCCCUCUUCAAAUGUUCCGAGUGUGGGCGUUUUUAGGGAUGAUGGCUCAACCGCCUCUAGCUGUCAUUUCAAAGGUAUUUGAGUGGCGUUUGGGAGCGCGUUGGGGCAAUAUGGUUGUUUGGAGUUCGCUCAUACUCGGUCAACCACUCGCUAUAAUGAUGUAUUACCACGAUUACGCCUUAACGCAAAUGAAGCCAUAAAUUAAUAACGUUUUGUUCCGAAAAUAAAAUAGAACGCUAACUAGGUUUUCGUGUUAGCUUUGGACUUUUUAAAGUUAGCAUACAUGUAGGGUUAAAUGGUAAUUCUAUUUAAGUAUUUUUGUUGUUUUAAAGAAUGUGAAGUAUUUCGUUCCCAUCGCAUCGCAAAGAUGUUAAAUGUUUUAAUACAAUUUAAUUGCUCAAUUACUAAAUUUAUUGUCCUUUUUUUCCUAUGGUAGAGUGAGAGAUAGCGUGAGUAUUAUAGUUGUUAACCAUAAUAAU